CGGUCGCGUGCUCUUGUAAAAACAAAACCCGAUCAGUUUAAUGUGUGUGAGACAAAGGAUUCAGUCAUUUUAAUUGUCUCAAUAAUGUUAUUUGUUUUUAAUCAAUUCUCGUCGGAAUAAUUGAUACAGAUAAAGCGAUGGUAGAACCAGUGGCCGCUGAUAAGCCAAAGGAUGAAGGAUCCCCGAAUGUAAUAGAAAAUGAACCAGAUAUAGCUGAUAUAAAUCAGGAAAACCAAACAGCGGGUGAAAAUGUUGAAACGAAGGAGAAUUAUAAGAAGAAUCUGCGCAUAUCAAGCAGCAAUGGACUGGAGUUAAUGGAAGACAAGGAGGCACCAAUAGGAGAAGGAAAAGGAGACGUGUUGCUGACAGAUUCGAAGACUGUGAUACGUUUUUCGCCCAUCUGGAAACAGGGCUUAGCCGCAUCGGCACCGAUUCUGUUAACUUUCGCUGCGGGUUUGACAUCCGGCUUCUCGGCCAUUUUGCUACCACAGUUGGAGAUCGAAGCUGGACCCAUUCCGGCAGAUGAAGAAACAACGUCAUGGAUAGCCUCAAUGGCUGCACUUCCAAUGGCUCCCGGCUGCCUUAUAUCUGGAUGGAUGUUUGAAAGAUUUGGAAGAAAGAAAUCUCAAUUCAUCGUUUGUGCGCCUUUGUUGCUGGGAUGGAUCCUCACGGCAGUAGCAAAUAACCUGACCCUUAUGUUAUGUGGUAGAUUUUUCACAGGACUAUGCGUAGGAUUGAUAGGCCCUUUGGGACCAGUGUAUAUAGGUGAAACUUCAGAACCGAAAUAUCGAGGUUUCUUCCUCGCUGCGAUUUCGCUAGCGAUAGCAUUAGGCAUAAUUUUCGCGCAUAUUCUCGGCACAUUUAUAUCAUGGCAGUGGACUGCGGUCAUCUGUGCCCUGUUUCCAAUAUUAAAUAUAGUCUUACUAAUUUUUGUACCAGAAAGUCCCACUUGGUUAAUAUCAAAAAGUCGCAUUGAGGAGGGUUCCAAGGUUUAUUACUGGUUAAGAGGAUAUAGUGAUGAAGCGAAAGAUGAAUUGAAAGGUAUAAUUGAUUGUAGAUUAGCAAGGGAUGCUGCCCCAGUAGAAACUUGGAAAGACAAAGUGCUUUAUUUUAAAAGCCCGGAACUAAUUAAGCCAUUGAUAAUCAUGAUAAUAUUCUUUGCCACAUGUCAAUUCGCCGGUACAAAUGCUUUUGCAUUUUAUUCUAUAGGUAUUAUUCAAAAAGCUGUAGAUAAAAGUAUAGAUCAAUAUGUCGCAAUGUUCGUAAUGGAUUUGUUGAGACUGAUAGCUUCUGUAGUAGCCUGUGUUAUAUGCAAACAGUAUGGUCGAAGACCUUUAUGUUUCAUCAGUGGGGGCUUAACAACAAUCUCAAUGGUAGGACUAUCAAUGUUUUUAUAUUUAAAACCCGAAAAUAUGGCUUGGAUACCUCUCUCAUGUUUAAUGCUCUACAUUUGUGCCAUUUCAAUUGGCUUAGUUCCACUGCCGUGGAUGAUGUGUGGUGAGAUCUUUCCGACUAAAGUUCGAGGAUUAGGAUCUGGGAUUAGUUCGGCUAUGGCGUUUGUGUGUUUCUUUAUAGUAGUUAAAACUGCACCGGGUAUGAUGACGUAUUUAGGCGAAGUUUUCACUUUCUCGUUUUAUGGGACAGUCGCAUUCUUUGGAACAAUAAUAUUAUUCUUUGCGCUACCAGAGACUAAAGGAAAGAGCCUACAGGAGAUAGAAGAAACAUUUAAAAGUAAGAAGAGUAAUGACUCAAAAGUAUAAUAUUUCUCAAUGUUUUAAACGAAAGAUAAUAUUUUGUGCUAGUAAGUCGGAUUGAAGACGACACGUGCACAGAAAUAUGUUAGAUUUUGAUGACAAAAGACGGAGGUUCUGGAUACAAGAAUGCAAGAAACUAAAAAUAAGCCAACGACGAAUAAAAUUUACGGUUAUGUUAAUGACAUUUUCUCAUGUACCAGCUGUUUUGGAACAUUUUACAAGUUAGGUAAUCAGUAAUCGCGCAAGUUGUUUUUGCCGAAACUGGCAUGAAAUCGACAUCCAGUGAAUUCAAUUUGAAUCCAUAAAAUCCUUAUUAGUUGUUAUUAUUUUUGUAUUUUUAUACUAUUAGUAUUGAAUAAGUAUUCGCUCAAAGUGAUAGUUAGUUCUAAGUCUGUGAUG